AACCCAAAGCAACCAAACAUAAAUUCAUCCCAAUUUUCUUCACCAUUCCUAUCCAAAUUGAAAUUUAACACACAACUCAUUUUCCGAGAAUCAAUCCAAGAAGUUUACCAGUCUAGCAACCAUGUGUGGCGGUGCUAUAAUAUCCGACGACGUACCUCCGAGCAAAUCAUCCCGGCGGCUGACAAAAGUCUCUUCCAAUCUCCUCCGGGAAAUUGGUGCCAAUAUUUUCGGAAGCACAAAGAUUCAUCAUUCCCGGAAGAACAACAACAUCGUACACUUCAACGGGUCCUCAACCCAAGUCAAAUCCGAAAUUAUUGACCCGGAUCACCAAUUCUAUACCGAGUUUCAGGAUUUCAAGGAUUACUUCAACGACGGCGAGCUCGAAGACUUAAACCCUUUUGCUUUCUCUGCUUCAAAACAUUCACCUUCUGGAUUACGAGGAACUGAAUCUGGAAAAAAACCUUCCGGCUAUGGAUAUGGAGCUGAUGAAUUGAGGAAAAGAAAGCGGAAGCCGCACCAAUACAGAGGUAUCCGACAACGUCCAUGGGGGAGAUGGGCUGCUGAGAUUCGUGAUCCGAGGAAAGGAGUCCGAGUUUGGCUUGGAACUUUCGGGAGUGCAGAGGAUGCUGCCAGAGCUUAUGAUACUGAGGCCAGGAAGAUCAGGGGACAAAAAGCGAAGGUGAAUUUUCCUAAUGAAACUGAUCAAGGUACCCAGGAAUAUACUAGGACUAAAAGGAGAUCAACCCUGAUUACUCCCAAGGAAAACCGAAAUCGGGUUGACUGCAGCAAAACAGAGUACUCUGGCUAUGACGAAUGCAGCAAAACAGAGUACUCUGAUUUUGGUUUGGGGAAAAAAUUCACUAAAAUUCCGGGCAUAUCAUCCCUCCUAUAUACUGUAACUGAUGAUCAUGAGGAAGCUCAAUCUCUGGAAGAUCAUGAAAAUCUCAAUCGUAAUCUCGUCAAUUCCCCAGAACGGAGUUGUAAUAAUCAAAUUGCUGCAAAUGAGGUUUGUGAGGGGUUAUCAGGUUUGGAAUCAGAGUUGGAGUUUUUCCAGACUCCCUUUUCAGAGGAGAAUUGGGAUUUAGCAGUUGAUGAUUCCUUCCUUAAUGGUGAUGGAAGAUAUGAUGAAUGGACAUUUGAGGAUUUAUGCUACCAUCAAUAAUGUUUGAGGUUGCUAUAUAGUCCUCAAAUUUUCUGCAUAGUUUGUGUUUUAUUUAAGAAACUUCUGUAAAUUUAGUAGGGUUGAUGCUGUGGUAAUCAGUUUGAUUUACUUGCUUUCUUUUAGGUGUAAAUUUGGUUUUCGGACCAUGAAGAGAGUCAUGUUGUGAGGAGUUUUGUGUUGAAAUUGCACGUGCAGAGAAGAGUAAGGUUUAAGUUUGGAGCAAUCUUUCACUUUGGUUGUUAAUCUUAACUAAGAUUUACUUCCUCUUAUAAAGUUUUUCUUGGUUUUGAUUUUGUUGAUUGGAUAUUAAAGGCUCCAAAAAUAAGAACAUUCAAAUUUGUUCCAAUCUGUAGUAUAAUAUAGACAAAAGGACUAUUUUUUUUUUUCAACUAAGUAAAUUUGAUUUGAUCCAACAAAUAAUUAUAGCAGGACCAACUACGCGAGACAGAUAGAAUGUAUAGAUAAAAAAAAUUCAGAUAUGCUAGUGUGUAUAAUACCUAGUUUAUUUAUAUUUUUAUUAUUAUUAUUUUGUUUUUGGCAAAUUGGUAAAUUGCAUUGCUUCAAUAUGUACAAACAGCCAUAUACAACCCUAUCAUCAAUCUAUUACAUUCAUUAGAUAACA